GUAAAUCAUAUGUGUGUGGAUAUCAUUAACAUUGGCACUGGUUUAAGUUUAUCUUGGCGUAAUACAGAACGAGGGUUGUCAAGAGUGGUCUAAAGAAAGACUGACUAUAGAUUAGUCCAACUAACAGGAGAAAAGCUACGAUGAUAUAUACUGCAAUUGCAUGUGCACUACUAAUAAAAGUUCUUACGUAAACCUGCGAAACAACGUAUACUAGUCCAUGAACUUUGUAUAAUGUUAGACAACUGGGUGAAUGUAUGCGAUGCACUGUAUCACUGCUACAAAUAGGUCAAUAGAUUUUGAAUGGGAUUUCAGCGAAGGCAUGGUUAUUUUUAAAUGCAUGGUUGACAAACCUGGAAAUGGAAUUUUUAUUUACAAUUCAAAGGAUGAUACUGUAGCAUUUUGUCAUGUUGUUUUUACAAUUUCUUGUGAAAGUGUAGCUGGUUAUGGUCAUAUUGACUACGACAACAGUACAAAUACAACGGUAUUUGAAGUAAAAGUCGAAGAAACGGAUGUUAACAGAAAUUGGACCUGUGCAAAUGGACGCGGCAAAAAAGAUCCUAGAUUUUCGGUGUCUGUUGAAAUACCUAAAUCAAAGACAUUAAAAAUGAAAGAAGACGGUUUUAAAGCUGGAUAUGUAGCAGUUGCUUCCUUCACUGUUCUUCAGUUAUUAACGAGUUGCAUAUGGCGCUGUAAUAAUAUACGAAGAACAAAGAAAGGUAACGGAGGAAUUCGGAACAAUACCAACAAUAACACAAAUGGAAAUAAUCAUAACAAUCAUCGUUCGGAGGAUACGACACAAGGGUGUCGUCACCGUAUAGCUGCGACAAUCGUGAAUAGAUAA